AUGUGUCCGGGCAAUGAACAACCCGCUGCGGCCUACAUUAAGGUGUACUUGUUGGACAAGGCUCUUUGUGUGGCUAAGAAGAAGACCAAGUGUGUGAGGAAGUCUCUGGACCCACUCUACAACCAGGUGCUGGUCUUCUCAGAGAGCCCCCAGGGCAAGGUGGUCCAGCUGAUUGUUUGGGGGAACUACGGCCGGAUGGACCGUAAGUGUUUCAUGGGCAUGGCUCGCAUCCUAUUGGAGGAGCUUGACCUGAGCAGCAUGGUGAUUGGAUGGUACAAGCUGUUCCCCACCUCCUCCAUGGUGGACCCCGCCAUGGGCCCACUGAUGCGGCACUCCUCCCAGAUGUCCCUGGAGAGCACCAUUGGGCCCUGCUGCGACCGCCCCUAAAACUCAUGGGAAAUGUAGUUUUUUUUAAGGUGACAUCAACCACAA